AUGAGUUCCUCACGAUCUUCAACCCCUGAUUUCCCCGAUGGCCACGACACCACGAAUACUAGUACCACGACAAGUCCCCCUCCGGACUCGAACAUCGACCAUGCCCAUUCCAUCGCCUACUGGAGUGACGUCCCCGCGACGGUAGACGGCAUGCUCGGUGGAUUCCCACAAGUAUCGCGCAUAGACCUACAAGGGUCGAAAUCAUUUCUCGCCAAGACGAAACGCCUCCUCUCGAUCCCCUUACAUAGGAACCUUAAGCUCUCUCGCGGGGUAGAUUGCGGCGCGGGCAUCGGGCGCGUCACGGAGGGGUUUCUGCGUGAUGUCUGCGAGAUCGUGGAUGCCGUUGAGCCCGUGGAGAAGUUCGCGCGCGUGCUCCGGAAAGCUCGUGACAGGGAGGGCGCGGUGCAGGGGGAGGUGUAUACGACUGGGUUGGAGAGUUGGUGUCCGGAGCAUGAAUAUGAUCUUAUCUGGGUGCAGUGGUGUGCCGGGCAUUUGACGGAUGAGCAGUUGGUGGGGUUUGUGGAGCGGUGUCGGGGGAGUUUAUCGGGGCAUGGGGUAAUGAUUUUGAAGGAGAAUACGACGACGGAGGUCCAGGAGGGGGAUGUCUAUGAUGAGGAGGAUAGUACUGUGACGAGGUCGCAUGAGAAGUUUAUGGAGUUGUUUGAGGAUGCGGGCAUGCGGGUCGUGUCGACAGAGUUGCAGUUGGGAUUCCCGAAACGGUUGGGCUUGUUGCCUGUGAGGUUUUAUGCGCUCAGGCCGGUCGAUUGA